AUGUCAGAUUUGACCAUUUACGGCUAUCUUCACGAAUCGCAGGCGAAUGUCGUUAGCUGGCCAAACGGAGCAUACACGGAGCCUUUCUUUCCCUGCAAUGACGCCGUUAAGAAGUUGCGAAUGAUAUACAAGUUCAUUAUCUCAUUGCAGAAUUCUUCAAUUAUCGGUAUGUGCUCUGAUGGAAGUGCCGGUGAGGUUAGGUAUGCAGACCUCGCAUCUUUGAGGCGGUAG